AGUUGGUUCCUUCAAUUAUGAGUAACAUGCUGAAUCCAGAUGCUAUUUUUUCAAACAAUGAAAUGAGCCUGUCAGACAUUGAAAUUUAUGGUUUUGAUUACGACUACACAUUGGUCUUCUAUUCUAAACAUCUGCACACGCUGAUCUUCAAUGCUGCUCGAGAUCUUCUUAUUAAUGAGCAUCGGUAUCCUGCAGAAAUAAGAAAAUACGAUUAUGAUCCCAAUUUUGCAAUCAGAGGACUUCAUUAUGAUGUGCACCGGGCUUUAUUAAUGAAGAUUGAUGCUUUUCAUUAUAUUCAGCUGGGAACUGUUUACAGAGGUCUCAGUGUUGUCCCAGAUGAAGAAGUCAUUGCCAUGUAUGAUGGUUCCCAUGUCCCUUUAGAGCAAAUGAGUGACUUUUAUGGAAAGAGCUCACAAGGAAAUACAAUGAAGCAAUUCAUGGAUAUAUUUUCAUUGCCAGAAAUGACACUCCUUUCUUGUGUGAAUGAAUAUUUUCUGAAAAACAACAUAGACUAUGAGCCUGUUCAUCUGUACAAAGAUGUCAAGGAUUCAAUCAGGGAUGUUCACAUCAAAGGAAUAAUGUACAGAGCAAUUGAAGCAGAUAUUGAGAAAUACAUCUGCUACGCUGAACAAACUCGUGCGGUGUUAGCAAAGCUGGCUGAUCACGGCAAGAAGAUGUUUCUCAUCACAAAUAGUCCCAGCAGCUUCGUGGACAAAGGCAUGAAGUUCAUAGUUGGCAAGGACUGGAGGGAUCUCUUUGAUGUGGUCAUUGUACAGGCUGAUAAGCCAAAUUUUUUCAAUGAUAAGCGAAGACCAUUUCGGAAGGUGAAUGAAAGGGGAGUGUUGCUCUGGGACAAAAUUCACAAGCUUCAGAAAGGUCAGAUUUAUAAACAG